CGAAUGUUGAUUCCCUUCAUGCGCCGGCUUGGGAUGACAGGCGACCUUCGUAUCAGGAAUGAUCAGGUUGCAGUAUGGCGAUCGAUGCGAUCUUCGUUGUGUCUAGAUCAGAACAGAGUGAGAUGUCAACUUGAUAUGGCCAGUAUCUUGGAGCGGCUGGGGUCAAUCAAAUUUUUCAGGAUGAGUUGCUGAAUUCAUUGGGCUUCAGGAGAUGAGUUAGGCGCUUCAAAGCCUUAAAGGCCAAGCCCAGGUUCGCUCCUCAUUCCACUUCUCUGCUCACGCUCUUUCCUCCUCCUCCUCAUCGUUCGGCAAAUUCUCUGCUUGGGCAUUACGUCGAACAGCUUGCGAACAAAGCUGAAAACUUGUCGCCCACAGAUCGAAGGCAUGAAUCUGUUCGGUAACGCAGCUCGAUGGGGAAGCAUCGCCAAAGAAGCGCUCGACCGCACCGCGAUCGUGGCGAAGUUCCUGUGCUUGCUCCACGUCACCAACACCUACAUCUGCACUCCUACUCUCGUCUACGGCCCGAGCAUGCUCCCGACUCUGAACCUGACCGGCGACGUGCUAUUGGCCGAGCGCGUGUCGCACCGGCUGGGGAAGGUGGGGCCCGGCGACGUGGUGCUGGUGAGGUCGCCCGUGGAUCCCAGGAAGUCCCUCACCAAGCGCGUCGUCGCCAUGGGUGGCGAUAAGGUCACUUACGUCGUCGAUCCUCGCAACAGCGACCGAGUUCGCACGAUCGUGGUGCCGGGGGGGCAUGUGUGGAUUCAGGGCGACAAUAUCUACGCGUCGAGUGAUUCGCGGCAAUUUGGCCCUGUUCCUUAUGGUCUCGUCGAAGGCAAAAUAUUAUGCAGGGUAUGGCCGCUUGAUGGAUUCGGAUUGCUGAAUCACUGACUCUAGUGCAUCAUGGAAAACCCAUCUUCAUCGUGGGAGCAAACCGGCUGAAGGCGAGGCACUGCAGAGGAAAGAGUGUAUAAACUGAAGUUUGAAACAGACGCAUUACAAACUCUUUAGUGAAUCUGAGUUUUGCCCUUGUUACAGCGAAGAUUUGGCAUGAUGCACUUGAAUCAGGUUAGGUCUGUGUAGAAGGAAUAUAUGCCACUAGGAUCUCUUUUUCAAUUUAAGUCACAAGGAUCUGUCUAGUCUACAAUUUAGGGAAAGCUGCCUCUGUUGGAGUCGAGUCCUACCUAAAGCCUGCCGCGACUGAUUCGUCUUGCCAUGCUGCAAUUUGUCGCUCGAGCAGUUGUCACGGAAUUUGUAUGACAGGAAACAUAGCUACAUUCUAAGGGUAGAUAUAUCCAUUAAUUUGUGACACUAUCUUGGACAUGGUAUCCUUUUUUGGCUGACGAACACGGUCAUAGUUCUUUCUGUAGAAUGCCUCGAGGAAAAACGUUCCGGAAAGAAUCUUAGUGCCGCUUAAUAUUCCAUAGAGAAAAUCUUUGUGUGAGCUCUUUAUCCUUA